GCCAAGCAAUGCGCAAUUGCCUGUAAACCGCCCGGAUCUUUUUUCAGUCAUAUCCUAGUAGACUUUUUCCAAGUUGGCUUUGGCAUAUCGAUGGUAGAGCAAUUUUGCAGCAGAAUAAUGCCCCCAAAGAAGAAUAAAGGGAAAAGUAAUAUCAAUAAGUCAAAGACCAAAAAGAUUAAAACAAAUGAGGGGGGAAAUGAAUUGGAGGAGAAGUACAGGCGAAGUGCAUUGGAUGUUACAGUUCUGAGGGACCAUCUUGCUCUGCGAGGGGAUGUGGCACAGCAGGCCCAGUCCGUCAGUCAUGACCUGAGAUCUCGUAUGCGGGACAUGGAGCAGGAGCUCCACCAUGAGAGACUGGACCGCAGAGACGUCAGUGCAGAUCUCACCCGUCAGUAUAAGACCAUGCAAACAGACAUGACAGUCAAAGUGAAAAAGCUGGGGGAUGAGGCCAUUUUGCUGCGAGAACAGCUUGCUCAGUGUCAGGAGGAGUUGAGGGCAUUAAGGAAAGCGCAUGAGCAGUUGCAGCAGGAGAAGGAUGCCACAAUAGCUGAAUUACAAAACAAACUGGACAACAUGGAGACCGACUAUGAGAAGAUUCUGCAUGACACUUUGGACAGUUUGACCUCCCACCUGGCUGAUGCUCGACUGCGGUGGGAGGAUGAGAGUACUGUUGUCCAUCAGGAAUACAAAGAGCUGCUCUCUGACUUUGGCUUGAACUCACUGGACAUCUGAAAGGCUCUUAUUAUGUAUCCAGGGCGCGUAUGUGUCAAGCAUCUCAGAGUUGGAGUGUUGAUCUAGGAUCAGUUUUCUAUUUGAGAUAAUAACGAAUAACAUUACAUGGACAGUGAGGACCUGAUCCACAUCAGCACUCCUACUCUGAGAUGCUUGAUACAUAUGGUAAAGUAAAUAGAUGGAUUCCAUGUGGAUUUGUAGUCAUACAUACCGAUAAGGAAAACCUCAUUACAAUAAUGUAACAACCUGUGUAUGAGAGUGUAAUA